UUCUCAAGCAGCCGCAUCCAUACAUACCCAUUCUCUCCUUUAAAUUCUUCCUCCGCCGCCACUUGCAGAUAUAUAUAUAUACCACCCCAAUUAAGCACCAAACUCUCCUCGAUCCCCAACUCGACAUGGGGUCUUCAGAAAAUAACAUCCUUCAACCUCUGCUUCAAACAAACCCACCAUCUUUGUCGUCCCAAUCAUUCACCACAAAGCACCGAUCAAGCGGCGAGCUUGAGAGCGUAUUGUCCGACACUACCCUUCCCUUCUUGCUGCGUCUCCGACACGCUUCAUGGAUCGAGCUCAAGCUCCUUUUCUUCCUCGCUGCUCCGGCGGUUGUCGUUUACAUGAUCAACUACCUCAUGUCCAUGUCCACCCAAAUCUUUUCCGGCCACCUCGGUACCCUCGAGCUCGCCGCAGCCUCUCUCGGCAACACCGGCAUCCAAGUCUUUGCCUACGGCCUCAUGUUAGGAAUGGGGAGUGCUGUGGAGACUCUAUGUGGGCAAGCAUAUGGAGCACAAAAGUACGAAAUGCUAGGAAUAUAUUUGCAAAGAUCAACCGUCAUCCUAACUGUAGCCGGCUUCCUCCUAAGCAUCAUAUACAUCUUCUCCAAGCCCAUCCUAAUAUUUCUCGGCCAGUCGCCGGAAAUCGCUUCCGCUGCCGCGGUUUUUGUCUACGGCCUAAUCCCUCAAAUCUUCGCAUAUGCAGUAAACUUCCCCAUCCAAAAAUUUCUACAAGCUCAAAGCAUAGUGAGUCCUAGUGCAUAUAUAUCAGCAGCCACUCUAGUGAUACACCUUUUGCUCAGCUGGGUGGCGGUUUACAAGAUCGGGCUUGGGUUGUUGGGGGCAUCGUUGGUGAUGAGCUUUUCAUGGUGGAUUAUAGUAGUGGCACAGUUUGUGUACAUAGUGAAAAGUGAGAGGUGUAAGUACACGUGGAGAGGGUUCUCUGUCCAAGCUUUCUCGGGAUUGCCGAAGUUCUUCAGGUUGUCAGUGGCAUCUGCUGUGAUGCUGUGCCUAGAGACAUGGUAUUUUCAGAUUCUUGUUCUUCUGGCUGGUUUGCUUGAGAACCCUGAGUUGGCUCUCGAUUCUCUAUCCAUUUGCACAACAAUAUCUGGAUGGGUUUUCAUGAUCUCCGUUGGGUUCAACGCAGCUGCAAGCGUGAGAGUGAGCAAUGAGCUUGGAGCAAGAAAUCCAAAGUCAGCAGCAUUUUCAGUGGUGGUGGUGACACUCAUCUCUUUCAUUAUCUCUGUAAUCGCGGCCUUAAUUGUGCUUGCUUUGCGUGACGUCAUAAGCUAUGCCUUCACCGAAGGUGAAGCUGUGGCCGCCGCUGUCUCAGAUCUCUGCCCACUUCUGGCCCUCACCCUCCUCCUCAAUGGAGUCCAACCCGUCUUAUCAGGCGUAGCUGUUGGGUGUGGAUGGCAAGCUUUUGUUGCAUACGUAAAUAUUGCAUGUUAUUACGCGGUUGGAGUACCCUUGGGUUUGCUUCUCGGGUUUUACUUCAAACUUGGUGCUAAGGGGAUAUGGCUGGGAAUGAUUGGGGGUACGGUGGCGCAAACUAUCAUUUUGAUGUGGGUAACGUUUCGGACGGACUGGAAUAAAGAGGUGGAAGAAGCUACCAAAAGGUUGAACAAGUGGGAGGAAAAGAAGGAACCACUCUCAUGAACUGAAACAAGAUCUUGAUUUGUACGUGCAGCCUUCAACACAGCCGGCCGGAUAGCCUGAUGAACAGCUUUUUACCAAAAUUAUAUAUAUCUUGUAGCUAUCUAGGCAAGGCUCCCACAAAGUAAACUAAAUUUUCUGGGAUCCUUUUCUAUUAGAUUACAAGUGCUAUUGCACAAUUUUUUUGAUU